GUCCUCGGGGUUUCGCCCUUCUCGGAAACACGGGGGAGGCAGCGGCAAAGCGUCCUGCGGGGUCUCUCCAAAGGACUCUCGGAUCAGACCGGGGCAGGAUGCAGAAACCCCUGGAGAAGUCCCAAAGCUUCCGGAUCGACGCCCUGUUGGCAGAGGAACCUGCCCGCCCGGCGCCGAGCGCCUCUCCGGAGAGCUCCGCGGGUAGCCCGGGCUCCUGUGCGCGGACCGAGACGCCCUCUCCCCGCGCGCCCUCCGCCUUGGCCCCUCUGCCGCCCGCUGCCUUCAUCCCGAAGCCGGGCUUACUGAACUUGCCCCACCCGGGACUGAGCGCCCUGCCAGCCGUGUACCAGCCCCCGCUCUACCCCAUCCCGGCUCUGGCCGGGCAACACCCAGCUUUUGCUUACGCUGCCGGCUUCCCCCACUUGCCUCAGCCGGGCCCGGAGCAUCUGAAGGUGGCCACGGUCGCCGGAUCGCUCCCGCUGGAGCACUGGAUUCGCGCUGGGAUCAUGGCCCCCCGCUUUCCUGACUUUCACGCUGUCCCACAGUCUGGACUCAUGGGAAAAUGUCGUCGGCCUCGGACAGCUUUUACCAGCCAGCAGCUUCUUGAGCUGGAGAACCAGUUCAAGAUCAACAAGUACUUAUCACGGCCCAAACGUUUUGAGGUGGCUACUUCAUUGAUGCUAACCGAGACUCAGGUAAAGAUCUGGUUUCAGAACCGUAGAAUGAAAUGGAAGCGUAGUCGGAAAGCCAAGGAGCAGGUGGCACAAGCAGAGACUGAGAAACAGAGGGGGACGAGCAAGGCUUCAGAGAAACUGCUGCCCAGAGAAGCCCAAGGGCAGGAGGAGGAAGAGGAAAGUGGUGGUGACCAGUUUAGCAGGCACAGCGCCGACGUGGAAUUUCUGCACCAUAAUGCUGACAACUUCAGUUACAGCCCAGAUUCCUCAUGUUCAGAGGAGGAGGAGGAUGAGCAGAGCUCCAACCACAGGGAGAUGAGUUUGCUAUUAUGAGCAGACUAUAACCCAACAGGUAGGGCAGUGUGUGCAUCCUGGAAACAGGAUGAAGAACCAGCUGUAGCCCACAAAAAAUGGGUUUACACCCUCCUUCUGCCAAUGGACUAAAAGACUACACCUGGGCUGGUGUCCUGGGGAGACUUUGUCAAUUAAUUUAUGUGUGUUGGAGUAUAUUUAUCUUGUCAUUGUUCUAUUGGUGCAUCGGAGGGGGUAUGCCCCCAAUCUUGGUAUUCUUGCUUGGUAUCCCACCCACCUUGGUAUAAAGACAUUAUCCUCAGCAUA